UGUCACCAGUCCUCACAGAGGAAAAUAUAUUUGUCAGGUUUUUGAGAGUUAUUGGCUCAGACCAAAACUCAGAAGUUUUUUUUACAAGUGUUUUUCUAUCUCAUGAUGUCCACAUAAAGAGAGACAUGGUUAACACGUCAACAGACGUAGGUGUUAAUCUUCAGAGCCAUGGAAAAGCAGACCAUUGUCUUCUGCGCCUUUACGACAUACACAUUUGUUUACGCACUGAGCCACGCCUGGGGCAUUCAAAGGUUCAAAAGGCCUUCACCUUUUCACGCCUCCAUCAACAUAUUAUUCCUCCUACGUUCUGAGGAUUUAUGUGGUGGAAUGAAUAUGUACUAAAUUAAAGACCUUAUGUCGCACAUGUUUUUCUGCUGCUUUCAUCUGUUAUGUACGUGUACAAAUGUAUCAUUUUCAUGGCGCUACAUUCAUCUGGACUCUUUUCUUAACUUUUUCUUAGCUGGUGUUUAACCACAAAACCAAAGAAGGUUUUGCUCUUCACACUUUGUGAGUGAAGAAGAAUCUUGAGUUUAACUUGGUAGUAAGGAAAGCUGUAAAUAAGUCUGCUUAUCCGCCUGUGGAUAAAAACCACACCUCUCAGUCUGGCCUUUGUCAAAUCAAACCAAGUCAAAUGAAUGUUUUGACCUUCUCAGCUCCCGUCACUGUCCACUGUAGGGUUCUGUUGUUUGUGGAGAGUCUCUGAUGGUAGCACUUCAUAAUCUUAUCGAUGGUCUUUGGACAAUCGAGGUCGUCAGGGAUCAGAAUGCAACAGGAUAUGUCACAAGAACCACAACAAGUUUAAUACUUAACAGAGAGAAGACAACAUAAAGAUAAAGACAUGGAACAUGGUGAUGUGUGUGACUGGCUAUUUCUGCUGCCUAAAUUUAGUGUCAAUAUGAGCCAUGACAGUGUGAUGCCGACUGGGUCGCUCUUUCUAAGUAGCUACCUGUGCUAAUCCACUUAAGCUCGUGAUGCUUCUCUAAAUCCAUCCAAUCUGUUGAGUCCCUCAUUUAACAACCUCACUCAAUGAAUCUGGGUCAAUAGAUGUGACUGCUGCUGUAUGCGAUGAACAAAACCAGCAGAAUUUUCCAUCUUUAAAGAGCUGUUUUAACGAGAGCAAUUGAAGAUUUUGUCAACGUUCCCAGAUGGGAACUUGGAGCCACAAGGAGGUUUGAGGAUUUUGCACAGAAAAUGGAGCAUCAAGACCACACGAAAAGCAGCUGGAGAGAAUAUUCGUGCAGUCAAACCCAGGCAGAGCUUGGUGCGACAGCGAACUGGCCUGCGAUCAGUGGCGAGGUAAAAAGCAGCAAUGCACAGCUGGACGAACAGGCGCAUCUAUACUGCAACUUCUGGACUGAUUCUGAACCAGCAAGAGUCAAGAACUGGACCAGCAGAUCAUUUGCCAUGGAUGCUAGAUUAAGACUUGAUAGUCUGAAGUCUGGGUGUAAUUCACCUCAACCCUGGGGUAACUUGGACAACUCUUUAUACUACUAUGACAGUGAAAAAGACCUCUGGAAUGGCGGAGACGUAGAGGAAGAGCAGUCUGCUUUGGACGUGGUGGAGAUCCUUGAUAUGGAGGAAAGCAUAGGAGAUGAAGAGAGCUGGUUAUAUGAGCCUCCGAAUAGGCCGUCGUUCGAAGAGAAGGAGUCUGCUCUCAGGUGGUGUCGACACGUUCUGGAUAACCCCAGCCCCGAGAUGGAGGCUGCCCGUCGUGGGCUGAUGAACAAGCUGGAUCCAAGAUCAAGAUAUUACUUCUGCAGACAUGCAGCAGUUUCCACUCAUUCCCAGAGUGUCUCCUUGGGUUUCGCUCAGGACAAAACAUCAGUCAACACAUCAUUCAAUGACCCUGACAGCUUAGAUCAUGCUAAGGUGACCCACCCUGAUGACUUCAUAACCACAGGCUACAGACUACAGGAUAUAACAGAUGUCCACAUAAUGGCCAGAAUACAGGAAGACAGUUUAAGACAGGACUAUAUUUCCAUGCCUGCUGCAGCUGCCUUGAGGAGAAACUCAGACGCGUUUUCCUCAUUUUUAAAUACCGAGGCUGACCAUGCUGGUGACUUCAGUUCCAGAAAUAAAAACACUGCUCCAGACUCUGCCUGCAGGCCCGGUCUGACAGCUGCAGGCUCUUCCAGCUGCAAGUUACCAACGCCAACGGCUAAGCAGGGCGGCCAAAGCCCAAAACUGACCAAACUUCACCAGCAAGUAACCCAGUUCAAGCUGCUGAGGCUUGCCCAGAAUAAAGCAUCGCCAGGCAGGAUGAGGUCACCUCUGCAGACAAGCCUGCGCUCUCUCCAGGCUGUCAGGAACAGCAGAAGCUUAGAGGUUGAUGUCAGCCAACCUGCUGGCCACAGCAACCACCAUCCCCCAGUUGUUCCAUCUUCCACAACAGCGUCAAGCCGUGCCACAUAUCUGAACUCCAGCGACGUCGCCAGCUUGAUGAGAGAAUCCCCAGACAGAAUAACGGCGGUGAAAAGACCGCAGAGGUCCCAGUCCCUCAGUCCCAGCAGGAUUGCUCACCCUUCCAAGGGAUACCCGUCUGUUCGUGGGCGAGUUUUUGCCUCGCCAGACAGGGUGUCCACUGCGGCCUGGGGCAGGCAUGCCUCAUCCAUUCAAAGGUGAAAAAUUUCACUGGGAAAUCCCCAUUAGACAAACUAAUGAGGAAGAACACUAAAAGUGGCUUAAAAAUGUAUUUGUACUGUUUUAAACUUUAUCACAUUUGUCACACCGCAACUCCAAACCUCAAUGUGUUUUAUGUGACUAACACAAGGUAGUGCAUAGCUGGGAAGUAGAAAGCAAGUGAUGGUUUUUAAAAAUAAAGAUCUGUAAAGUGUGGUGUGCUUUUUUUUAUCCCAACUGUUUACAGGACAGCUAUUGAUCCAAUAUCCUAAACUUUCACCCUCUCACAGAGGUUUGUUGAUUCUCCAAGACAUGGCCAACAGCCUAAGCUGAACAGAGAGUAUUAAUCAGAGAAGCAGCCAGGAUGCUCAUGGUAACCCAUCAGUUUUUGUAUGUCAGUGUGCGGGGUAGAUCUAUGGAAUAGAUUAAAUUAUGAACUCGAGCAAAGUACAAAUAUAAACCAACGUAAAAAAUUGGAAAAUAUGGCAGGAAAUCACAAGAUGUUUUAUUGUCUACCUGUGAUAAAAGAAUCCAGAUAGACAAUCUUCUCAAACAAAUUGUGUGCAAUUGCAUAAAAGUUGGCAUGAUUGUCUUAUUUUUUUGUUUCUAGUUUUUGUCUGUUCUGUUCAAAUAAUCUGUUAACAGGACAACCAUAGGGUGUAAGCUCUGCAACUUAGGAUAGGAAAGGUAUUGCUGAAGAAAACUCAGACGAAGGCAACAUUUGUUUGCCACAAUGACAUGUUGUAUGUUGCUCAAGGUGAAAUCAUCAUGUGGUUUCUUUAGAUGAAGUUUCUGAUUGGUCAAACUCUGAACGUAACAUUACGCUUAUUUGAUAAACUUUGCUCAUAUGCUGAACCUGAUAAGACACAUAGACCUGACAAGCUAUAAUCUGCAACACGAGUGAUUAAAAUACAAUCUACACAAAUCUAUUUGUGUAGAUUGAAGGUUGGUAUGAAAGUGGAAGUGCAGUGACACUUCUCUUCAGGGCGACUGACAACGGAACGGUCUGCUGUGAGAGGAAUGAUUGCAACAGGAAGUGUGCAAUUUACCAUCAUCAUGCCAAAGAAGAAGUCAUACAAGUAAAUAAUGUGUGAAAGGAAGUGUCAGCAGCCGGAAACAGAGGCCAAGAGCAAGUUAGCAUUUAAAGAGGAUGUCCUUCAGAUUUAGUCUACAUGCUGCAGGUCAGAGGGAGAGGGAUCUUUUUUUCUUUUUCAUUGAAGCUUGUUGACUCACUUUUAUUCAUAAAUAACAUUUCUACCAGUCAGUUCCUUUAACUUCUAUUUCAGUGGAGACAAAUAGUAAGGAUCACAUUUGGCUUGUUCUUGAAGCGCCAUCUGCUGUUCAAGGCCUGAAUUGGAGAAUCUAUGGUUUUCUACAAAUGAUCUCCAAACGACACACUUACUUCAGCUGGACAAAACAUCCAUUAAGUAAAUUUAAAAAGAACUGAAAAGAAUUCUUUAGAGUUCCCAGAAAAACAAACAAAAAAAAAAUUGUAGUUUUAGUUUGUUUUCAUAUAGUUCCAACCUUUUUUGUUGUUUUAAAGUAAUCGAAUACCUGGGACUUAUCCGAGAAACUGGCUGUAGGUGAGAACAUUUCAUCAAAUAUUUCAUCAAACAAACUUGUAACUAAUGGGGAACUGAAGUUUUAUUUUUGACAGCAUUUGUAGACAUUUUUAUAGUUCUUCAGUAUUCUUUUACUUUGAUGGUAGCCUAGAAACAGCCAACAAUUGUUGCAUACUUAACUGAGUUAAAACAGUAAAAAAAAAAACAACUGAGCUCACACCUCCAUGUUGGAAUC